UUAAAUAAGUCAGCUUACAUGAUGAUUGAAGAUAACAARGAGAAUGAAGACCAUGCAUCUGAAAGAGGAAGGACAGCCAUAAUUUUUUCCUUGAAGAAUGAAGUUGGAGGACUUGUAAAAGCAUUAAAACUCUUUCAGGAGAAGCAUGUCAAUCUGGUACACAUUGAGUCACGGAAGUCCAAAAGACGAAAUUCUGAGUUCGAGAUCUUCGUGGACUGUGACAGUAACAGGGAACAACUGAAUGACAUCUUCCAGCUCCUGAAAUCCCACGUCAAYGUUGUCUCUGUGAGCCCAACAGAGCAUUUCAAUGUCCAGGGAGAUGAAAUGGAGAAUGUUCCCUGGUUUCCGAAGAAGAUCUCGGAUUUGGAUAAGUGUGCAAACCGGGUGCUGAUGUACGGGUCUGACUUGGAUGCUGAUCAUCCCGGUUUCAAAGACAAUGUCUACCGCAAGAGACGGAAGUAUUUUGCAGACCUGGCUAUGAAUUACAAACAUGGUGACCCAAUUCCCAAGAUUGAAUUCACCGAGGAGGAGAUCAAGACUUGGGGGACAGUGUACCGAGAGCUUAAGAAUCUUUACCCAACUCAUGCCUGCAGAGAGUACCUUAAAAACCUACCCUUGCUCACCAAACACUGUGGGUACAGGGAAGACAACAUCCCCCAGCUGGAAGAUGUGUCCCGCUUCCUGAAAGAGCGCACAGGCUUCACCAUCCGCCCUGUUGCUGGAUAUCUGUCACCCAGAGACUUCUUGGCAGGAUUAGCAUUCCGAGUUUUUCACUGCACUCAGUAUGUCAGACACAGCUCGGACCCUCUCUAUACACCAGAGCCUGAUACCUGCCAUGAGCUCCUAGGCCAUGUCCCUCUUUUGGCUGAACCCAGUUUUGCUCAGUUCUCCCAGGAAAUUGGUCUUGCAUCACUUGGUGCAUCAGAUGAGGCUGUCCAAAAACUGGCAACAUGUUACUUCUUCACGGUAGAGUUUGGCUUGUGCAAGCAAGAGGGACAGCUACGAGUUUACGGGGCUGGCUUGCUCUCUUCGAUUGGUGAGCUCAAGCACUCACUCUCUGACAGUGCCAAAGUCAAGCCAUUUGAUCCAAAGGUCACCUGCAAGCAAGAAUGUCUCAUCACAACUUUCCAGGAGGUUUAUUUUGUUUCUGAAAGUUUUGAAGAAGCAAAGGAAAAGAUGAGAGAGUUUGCAAAAACCAUCAAGCGUCCUUUUGGGGUGAAGUACAAUCCCUAUACUCAGAGUGUGCAGAUCCUGAAAGACAUGAAAAGCAUCGCCAGCGUGGUGAACGAGCUGCGCCAUGAGCUGGACAUUGUCAGCGAUGCCCUCAGCAAGAUGGGCAAGCAGCUGGAAUUUUAACACCCUGUCAUCACUGUGCUGCAAUCCAAUUCCUCCUUCUUCCCCACUGAUUUUUUUCUAGGCAUAUAAUAUGUUGUAUGCAGAACUUGCUCCUUCACACAUGGAAGAGUGAAUGGCCCAUAAGAAUAACAAUUUUAUCUUGUUCCUCUCUGUAAAGUCCCUUACAUCAUGUAUUCUUCCACACUCUUAGAUAAAACAAAGGUCCAGAAGCCAUUUAGAAGAGGUAGGGGAGGAAAGAAACUGCUAGACUGGAGAACGUGUGGUCUGUGGAUCAGGGCUGGGAUCAGAUGCUGUAGGAGGUGGCCUAUGAGGCAAAAAUGGAAUAAUUCACUGCARGGAGAUGUCAUUUUCUGACUCCAGCAGUCUAUCCUACUGAUUGKAUAGCACUGAAGACUUGACAGCAUAGAAUCUAUGGCAAUCAGUGCUUCUCAGUCUUUGCUACUAAGUUUGAAACUUGAAUGAUUACAGUGYAGGCAUCAGGAUACAAAUAGCUGAAGGUUCAACAUGAUAAAAGGGAGGGGUCAAAUCUUGCUUUCAAAGGGAUUAUUCUUGCCACAAAGAGUUGCAAAUGCGCUGUUUGGCUUGCUUCCAGCGUAAGGCAGAGAUACAGCUGUUGCAUGAAAUCUUCAUGUUUAUUUUAAGAGAUUUGCURCUGGCUGAGAGUCAGGAUUUUUGUUGCUCUCCUUAAUAUUGCACCUGAGGGAAGACUUUUCUUUACAGAGAUACCAUUUGCCUUUUUCCUGAUUGAAUUAAUUUAGCAAAAAAUAUAGCAAGCCAACAAGCAUUGACUGAGCACAAAGCCUAAAACCAUCUCCAAAUUGCAACUUAAUAUCCAAAAUAGCUUAAUCAGCUCUAAAAUAACACCAAAGUUUAAAAUAACACCCCAAGUUCAUAGAYCAUUGUGCUUCAUGUAAAAAACAAUUAUCCUGUUGAUUGCUCAGUCACUUUWUGUGCAGACCCUGCUCAAGCUGCACAAAUAUGUUUAGUUUCUUCUUUUCCUGAUCUGAACACCAUCAUUCCUUAUCAAUGAAACUAUGACUGAAAGGCCCAAGCAUUUAAAAGGAAUUCUGUGGCUAUGAAGACAAGAAACUACCUUGUAGCGUAAAGUACACAUCCUUCCUAAGAGCACUUUAACUCGGGAGGCAGUGUCCUGGUGAAUUGUCUGCAUURCAUAGUAGCAAACUUGCCUGUUGAGGGUCCCACAGGUCCAAGCACCCUGCAUAGCUGUGCAAAG